UCUUCAAAACCUCAACUCAAAGCGUACCCAAAAUAGAUUUCACAGCCUCUUCUAUUCAACUUAAAAUCAAGACAGUACAUUCCUGCUAAGAAUUUACAUAGCCUGAAGAAACCCACGAAAAUGCCUAUCAUUCUAGCUUCAAAUGCGAUUCCUUCACCAAUUAUUUCCUCCUCUUCUUCGCGUUGCCGCAGAAAGAUGACCGUGAGAGCUACUAUCAAUAUGCCGAGGUUCCAAAAUGGUAGCCUUUCUCUUCCCAAGCUGACAACCAGAGGUUUGGAAUUGAGAAGUGUUUACGAAAAUGCAAAAACCACCACCCCACUCGAAAAACUUUCUCCCGCUCCUAUUAAUUCUUCCAAUCCCAUGGCGAUAGCAAAGCUUUACGCGAUCUUGGAGGCGGUUGCAGAUAGAGUGGAGAUGCAUAAGAAUAUUGGAGAGCAGAGAAACAACUGGAACACUCUACUUUUAACAUCUAUUAACGCAAUUACUCUAACAGCUUCGGUGAUGACCGGAGUCGCUGCUAUGGGAGCCGGUGGGGCUCCUCUUGUUGCUCUUAAGCUUUCUUCUACUUUGUUGUACUUGGCGGUUACGGGAAUGUUGUUGGUCAUGAACAAGAUCCAACCGUCUCAGCUCGCCGAAGAGCAGAGGAAUGCUGCGAGAUUGUUCAAGAAACUUUAUGAAGAGAUUCAUACGACCAUUCGUAUCGGUUCUCCCACUUCAAACGAUGGGGAGGAGGCAAUGGAGAAGGUUUUGGCCCUUGAUAGGGCAUACCCACUUGCCUUACUCGGCGUGAUGCUUGAGAAAUUUCCAAAAACCGUGGAGCCUGCUGUCUGGUGGGCCAGCCAGCAAGCUCCACUACGGAAUCGAAAGGCGGAAGUGCUUGGUGCCAGAAACAAUGGGAACGGUUGGAAUGGUGAGCUAGAGGGGGAAAUGAGAGAGAUAGUAACGGUUUUGAACAGGAAAGAUAAGGAAGAUUACCUGAGGUUGGGUAAAAAAGCCUUGAAACUGAACAAAAUCUUGGCCAUUUCUGGCCCUUUGCUGACCGGACUUGCUGCUUUUGGCUCUGCUUUCGUGGGCCACGGGUCCUGGGCUGUGGUUCUUGGCGUCGUUGCCGGGGCUUUGUCGACCGUCGUGAACACGAUAGAGCAUGGUGGGCAAGUUGGGAUGGUGUUUGAGAUGUACCGGAGCAAUGCCGGUUUCUUUGAGCUCGUGCAAGAGUCCAUAGAAUCAAAUUUGAAGGAGAGAGAAGUGGAGAGGAGAGAAUAUGGGGAGUUGUUUGAAAUGAAGGUGGCUUUGCAGCUCGGAAGGAACCUAUCUGAGCUUAGGGAUCUAGCAACUUCUUCUGCAAUGAAAGGGGAGGCUAACCAUGAGUUUGCAAGCAAACUUUUUUAAUUUGUUCGGUGCUUUCAGACUACUGAUUAGUUCAACAGUGGAAAGAUGUAUGUAUGAUACUAACUUUAGGCGAUUUGUAACUGUUCAUAUAAUAUCGACUAAUAAUUCGAUCCA